ACGGCAGUUUCUACUCUCCCUCUCUACUUUCUAUUUCUCUGUCUUCUCUCUCUGUUUGUGUGUGUGUGAACUCUUAUAAAAGUUCAAACACAGAAAGAGCGAGACAAAGCAUCAGAAGUGACCAAACCCCAUAAUUGAAGCCUAUUUCAUCCCCCAUCUCAAUCUCUGUUUCUGAUUUUUUAGCUCUCAAAGCCCUAACAAUGGCGUCUGGUAUAGCGAACCUGCUACGUGGUGGUCUCGAUCCCAGCAUCUGGAAAGCCUGUGCAGGUGGCUCCGUUCAAAUCCCCACCGUCGAUUCUAGGGUUUAUUACUUUCCCCAAGGUCAUGCCGAGCAAGCUUCAUCUCCACCGGAUUUCAACUCUAUCGUCUGUCCAAAGCCUAUGGUGUUAUGCCGAAUCCUCUCCGUUCGCUUCCUUGCGAAUCCUGACACGGAUGAGGUUUUCGCGAGGAUCCGUCUUGAACCUGUCGAUCCUGUCCAUCGAUUCCGUCCUGCCGGAAUUCACUGUAUGGGAGUUUCGGAUGGUGAAGAGGAAGAGAAGAAAGUGCUAUCGUUUGCGAAGAUACUUACGCCGAGUGACGCGAAUAAUGGCGGUGGAUUUUCGGUACCAAGGUUCUGUGCUGAUUCAAUCUUUCCACCUCUGGACUACAAGGCGGAUCCGCCGGUGCAGAAUAUUGAUGUGAUAGAUGUUCAUGGAGUGGUGUGGGAGUUUAGGCACAUUUACCGUGGAACACCGAGGCGGCACUUGCUGACGACUGGGUGGAGCAAGUUCGUGAACCAGAAGAAGCUUGUGGCAGGUGACUCUGUUGUUUUCAUGAGGAAUCGAAGUGGUGAGAUCUUCGUUGGGAUUAGAAGGACUGCGAGGGUUAGUGGGAGUUUUGAUUGUAUGCGUUGGAACUCUCAGUAUGCUUCGGGGGCUUCUAUGGGUGUGAAAGUGGAAGAGGAGUUCGGAAAUGGUGAGGGGUUCAGGAGGACCGGAAAGGGCAAGGUUUCACCUGAAUCAGUGCUGGAAGCUGCAGAAUUAGCAGGGGAAGGUAAGCCUUUUGAGAUUGUUUAUUAUCCGAGGGCAGGUUCGCCAGAUUUCGUGGUGAAUGCAGAUAUCGUAGAGGAGUCUCUGCAAAAGUUUUGGACAGCUGGAGUGAGAGUGAAGAUGGCUGUGGAGACUGAGGAUUCAUCUAGGAUGACAUGGUUUCAAGGAACGGUUUCAUUGCCCCCAGUUCAGGAGCCUGCGCCAUGGUUUAGGUCAUCCUGGCGUAUGCUUCAGGUUACAUGGGAUGAGCCUGAAGUUUUGCAAAAUGUAAAGAAAGUAAGCCCAUGGCAAGUGGAAUUAAUUGCAACCACACCACCGCUUCAGACACCAUUCCCUCCCACAAAGAGACUUAGAGUUCCUCAGAAUCUGGAUUUGCUGACGGAUGGAGAGAGGAGUUUGUAUUAUCCUAUGGAGGAAUUAACUAAUUCAAUGAUGGGGAAUUUGAGUCCAUCAUUGUUCAGUUAUAACUCAUUUCCUGCGGGCAUGCAGGGAGCCAGGCAAGAGUCAUAUUAUGUAUCUAGUUUAUCCAAUUUCGUAAGUAACAGUAGCCAUCGAAUGUACACUGAUCAUCUGCAUGGGAACAUGGCACCUAAGUCUAGUGAAUCCACCGAAUUUGAUCAUCUGCAUGGCAACAUGGCACCGAAGUCUAGUGUAUCAACCGAAUUGAAUAUAGGCAGUACAUCACAAUCUGACAACUCAUCACCACAUAGUCAAAGCAGUGUCCAUUUCUUUGCAACUGAGCUUUUCAACAAUCGUAAAUGUAGCUCAACAACAAAAUCUGGGGUGGCUUCAUUUCAACUGUUUGGCAAGUUAAUACAGACGAACCAACCAGUUGAGAGAGGAUUUGAUGAUGUUGGGUGCUCAGUAGAUGAUGGUUGUAAAGUGUACAAAGAGAGUGAGGGUAUCAAUAACCCAAUGAAUCCUUCAUCAUGCUCUAGCAACAAGCUGUAUAAUGGGCUUGAUGUUCCAUGUAAACAAGUCUCAACUGUGGAAGCAUGCUUGUUGUGAAGGAUGAUCUUUGUAUUCAUGCAGAUGAAAAGCUGUACAGGUACUUCUAGAAAAGGUGGGAAGCUGACUACUUAGCUGACCCUUGAGCACUAAUUUGACUGAGUUGGAUGUUUUCCAUCGACUAAAUUGGGUUGUUGUCUAGCUACCAUGUUUGAACCUUCUAGUUUGAAUGUAACUUUUGUGUUAAUGUGGAACCCUAGUUUAUUUGGUAAGAUGGUAAUGACAAUUUUAGUUUUUUUUUUGGUUUUCA